GCGCAGGCCGUGCCCGGUUCCAUAAGGCCGCGGGGCCGCGGGCCGGACCCAGCGCGCUCCGGGAGGGGCGAUGCGGGCCGGGAGCGCCAUGGCCGGGGCUCGGACCCGCUCCUGCCGCCUCCUCCUCCUSYUSYUSCUCCUSCUSCUCGUUCCGCCGCCGGCCGAGCCCGGGCAGCCCGCGGGUUUCCAGGACAUUUCCCUGCUCACUUCCUACGAAGUUGUAACUCCACAGARAUUGGGAAGAGAGCGGCGAGCGGCUUCCAACAGCUCCUCAGUAGAGGACAAGGUGUCAUAUGCCAUUGAGAUUGAGGGAAAGGAAUACACGGUUCAUCUAGAAAAGAACAAAGAACUGCUGCCCAAAGAUUUCACAGUUUAUACCUAUGACAAGGAGGGAAAGUUGCAGCUGAAAUAUCCGGAUGUCCAGGAUCACUGCCAUUUCCAGGGCUACGUGGAGGGGACCCUGCAUUCCCUGGUGGCUCUCAGCACCUGCUCAGGCCUCAGGGGUUUGGUGACAAUAGAUAAUGUCACCUAUGGGAUUGAGCCCAUGGAUUCCUCGUCUGCCUCUAAACACAUUUUAUAUCGACUGGAUAAUGUGAAGARAGAGCCCACAACGUGUGGAGUGAAUGCUGAAGGCCAGGAAGGAGAGCACACAGAGGAAAAUCUCCAUCCCAGUAUGAGCCAGCUGCUGCGGAGUAAAAGGGCCGUCCUGCACCAGACAAGAUACGUGGAGCUGUUCAUAGUUGUGGAUAAAGAGAAGUUUGAAGAUUUUGGGAAGAGUGAAACAGAAGUAAGAGAACACAUGGUGCAGCUGGCAAACUUCCUUGACAGUAUGUAUGUUAUGUUGAACAUCCGCAUCGUGCUGGUUGGUCUGGAGAUCUGGAAGCAUGAAAACAUCAUCAGCACRGAUGGAGGGGCUGGGGAUGUGCUGGCAAAUUUUGUACAGUGGCGAGAGAAGAACCUCGUGCUGCGGCGGAGACACGACAGUGCCCAGUUUGUCCUGAAGAAGGGUUUUGGUGGCACAGCUGGAAUGGCCUAYGUGGGAACAGUGUGCUCCAAGAGCCAUGCAGGAGGCAUCAACGUGUUUGGAAGGAUCAGUAUCCAGAUGUUUGCAUCCAUCAUGGCUCAUGAGCUUGGCCAUAACCUGGGGAUGAACCACGAUGAUGAACGUGUCUGUCACUGUGGGGCGAGCAGCUGCAUUAUGAGCUCUGGAGCAUCGGGAUCGAGGAACUUCAGCAGCUGCAGUGCAGAAGACUUUGAGAAGCUGACACUCAACAAAGGUGGGAGCUGCCUGCUCAACGUUCCCAAGCCUGAUGAGACCUACAGUGUCCCGUACUGUGGGAACAAGCUGGUGGAUGCUGGGGAAGAGUGUGACUGUGGCUCACCAAAGGAAUGUGAAAGUGAUCCGUGCUGUGAGCCAGGAACUUGCAGACUCCGMUCUGGUGCUGAGUGUGCCUAUGGUGACUGCUGCAAAAACUGCCAGCUCCUCCCUGGAGGCACCGAGUGUCGGGCGAGCACCAACGAGUGUGACCUCCCGGAGUUCUGCAAUGGCACCUCUCAGUUCUGCCAGCCYGACUUCACCGUGCAGAACGGGCACCCCUGCCACAACCAGGAGGCUUACUGCUACAACGGCGUGUGCCAGUACUAUGAUGCACAGUGCCAGGAUAUCUUUGGCUCCAAAGCCAGAGCAGCCCCUAACAUUUGCUUUGCUGAAGUGAAUUCCAAGGGGGACAGAUUUGGCAACUGUGGUUUCCAUGGCCAUGACUACAAGAARUGUUCCAGCUGGAAUGCCAUGUGUGGGAAGCUACAGUGUGAAAAUGUGAAAGCCAUGCCUGUGUUUGGAAUCAAGCCUGCUAUUAUCCAAACUCCCAUCAGAAACACCACCACGUACUGCUGGGGGGUGGAUUUCCAGCUGGGCUCUGAUGUCCCGGACCCAGGAAUGGUGAAUGAAGGCACCAAGUGUGGUAAUGGAAAGAUCUGCAGACACUUCCAGUGUGUGAGUGCCUCUGUCCUCAACUAUGAUUGUGACGUGGAGAGGCAGUGCCACGGGCAUGGGGUGUGCAACAACAACAGGAACUGCCACUGUGAAGCAGGCUGGGCCCCCCCUCACUGUGACACCAAAGGCUACGGAGGCAGCGUGGACAGUGGCCCUCCCUACAAUGGCAAAGACWCCUCGCUGCGCAACGGGCUGCUUGUGUUCUUUUUCCUGGUCCUCCCRCUCCUCAUAGCUGCUGCCCUGGCCUUUGCCAAGAGAGACAGGCUGAAGAGAUGCUUCAGGAGGUUGAGGUCCCGCUGCCAUUCGUCACUUCAGUCACCUCCUCCCCGGCCAGACUCUGAACCCAGGGAYUACCAGCAGAGAGGCUUCUCCCACGGCAUGCCUUAUGCUCCGAGAGCUGUACCCAUGGAUAUGCAUCCGAACACGUUUCCUGUGCCAGCUUACCCAGUUAACCCGCACCCUCAGCAGGCUUUCCAGCAGCCCUACUACCCCCCGCAGUACCCGCUGCAGCAGCCGCAGAGGGUGCCCAGCAGGUCAGUGAGUUACUGCAAAUGCUAUUGACCGUGGC